AAUCCACAUUGUAAUCUGAGAUAUUUACAUAUAAAUUAGGGUCUCUCCACAAUUGCCGUUCUCAUUCUCCGACCACCGUCCCUCGUCUGCAUGAUCGCCAUCUCAAAAUUCGGCUCCCGACACGUGCAGACGCGCAGGCGCGGCGCGCUGUUGUGCUGUCACUCGAAAGACGGCUUUCCGUGUCCGACCCGCCUUCACUUGUGCUGCGGUGGAAGAUUGAGAAGGAGGAAGAAGCGCCACGAAAUCGACGAAACGAGAGAGGGAAGAGACUUCGCCAUCGCGGCGGCGAAGGCGGCGGCGGUGAAGGAGGAGGUCGGGACGCCCAGCGGCGAAGGGGGCGAAACGAAAUCGACGGCGCAAAAGGGGGCGGGGGGGCGUCGAUCGAAGAGGCUAGGGUUUGCAGAGGGAAGAUCGAGGAGGGAAUAGAGGUUAGGGAUUACCCGCCUGCGAGGACGCUGUCGGAGGAUUCUGGAGCUCGUGGCAAGUGAGGCACAGCUACAAUAGGGGCUUCUUGGGCUCUUCUACAUGGCCUCCUUGUAGCUGGCUCUUGACUUGGCAUUGGGUUGCAAGCUGUUCCUUCCAAGUAUCUCAAUUGUGCAGCUAUAUACCUCUUAUCAACUAGGAUGGUUGGGGCAGACCAAAAAAGAAAAGAAACUGGGUUGGCUGGGACAGACCCAAAAAGAAAGAAAACCAGGAUCGUUGAGCAACUAUUUGAAGUUGGACAGGAGGCUGAGAUGAGAACUUUCGCCCCUGGUUUUCGAGGUGCUUGGUUUCGUUGCAAGAUAAAGAGGAUUACAAAUAGACAGGGGAACCUACGGGUGGCUUUGGAAUACAUUGAUUUUCCAGAUGAAAAAAUAUCGUGGACUAAAGUAUUUCAAAGGCCACCCUACUUUCCUGCUGAUGCUAAGCUAAAUCAGAAGAAAGAAUUGAUGGUGCGCCCUCGCUUUCCUUCCGUCUACCAUAGAAGUGAGAUGCCUGAUGUCAGAUCCAUCUCAGAGGUGGCAGUCAUUGUUGAUGAUGACUGGAAGGUGGGAGAUUUGGUGGAUUGGUGGUUUGAUGACUGUUAUUGGUCUGGAAGAGUAACAGAAGUGUUGGCGGACAAAAAGUUCCAGAUUGAGCUACAUCCUCCUCCAGCGGGUGAAGGACAAUCGUAUGAAGCUUUGUCCAAGGACCUAAGGCCAUCUUUGGAUUGGUCUAUUGAAAAUGGUUGGAUGGUGUGUUCACCGCAUUGUGCUCAGUUGACCAAGCCUCUCCAUGAAGGUAGGUCGUUACCCUCUGCUGAUAUGUCCAGGCUGCAAAAAGUGCCUUUGAACAUAAAUGCCCCUGAGAAAUCACCUCCAGAGACGCACACAAAUUCCGAGAAAUCACCACCAGAGAUAUAUGAGAAUUCUGCAGUGGCCAGCAGUGGCCUUGGAAAGGCCAAUAGCUGUGAUGGUGUUUCUAGUUCUAAUAUAAGGGUUGCAUCAGCAGAAAUGGAAGUGAGUGUUAGUAAGGAAAACCAUGAUUGUGAUCUACACUGUCCAGAGAAGCUGAAAAGUGAUGAUCACACAUUGUUAAAUUCAAUGUUCUCUGAUACAUUGGAAGAUGCAAUUAUAGACCUUGAGGAACUUGCAAACCGGGUGAUAUGGCUCAAAGAUAUUUUACAGUUUGGGGGGCAUCCAUCAAAGAACUCAAAACCUUCAUGGAAGUUCUUAGAGCUUCGUGCAUCGGCCAAUUCAAAAUGAGCACAUCAUUGAAGGACGAUGUGGAUACUUUCAAGGUGGGGAGAGUCCAUUUGCUGAACCUACUGGAUCCCCAAAAUUUUGUGUUAUUCGUUGGUCGAGAUGAUGCCCAAACUUACAAACAGCGCAGUGUUUUUUGAAGAUGCAGCUUGUGAGCCCCACCUUCAUGGAGAGUUUGCUUAAAUGACGAUAAGUUUCAUGUUACUACUUCUGGACUGGCUCCAGCAUAUCCUCCAGGCCAUUUUCCUUUCCAGUUUCUAGUGGAAGGGUCUUGAGCAAUGGGAGUCCAUUUUUGACAGUCAGGGCUCUUUGCAUUUUGUAAGAAGCAAAAUAGGCCCACGAUUGACGGAGAAAAAGAAUGGCCUUAAAAUUGACCGUCUGUUUACUGGUGGCCCUGUUCAUUGUCUCGGGGGAUUCUGAGUUGGACAAUGACGAAAAAUUGUGACAUGCUCGCUACAUUUAUUCGCUCAUAUUAGCUUCUCUCCAUUUCUCUG